ACUUAACCUGUGUACAAUGUAAUGUUGUUUUUUCCAUAUUUUCGAUUUACAAAAUCAUAACAGCCUUCUUACAUACCGAACAAUGAGCAAAUUAAAUGGAACAAUAGAGUCGAUCGCACCUGACCAUUAGAACUAGCGUCUGAAAUAAUGAAGGAAAAAAUUGUGGCAAUAAUUUUAAUAUACUUAUCAAAAGAAACAUUAUCCCAAUACGACGGUAGUUAUGGUGUCCAACAAGGGUAUCAAUACAAUCCGUAUCAGAAUAUGCCAUACCAAUCAUACCCAGACCAAAUAUUACAAAAUAACAAAUGGAAUGAAGAAGAAAAUGCAAAUUACAAGGAUUAUAAAGAUUACAAUGACUAUGAUGAAAAUAUCUGCGAUUGCACCAAAUGUGGUGAUCUGAAACCCGGUUGUCUUAAUGCGUGCCCAAAUUGCGUGUCCACCCCACAACCUCUCAUGCCACAAAACUAUUUCAUACUCCCAUUCCCAUAUCCAUACCCGAUGACGGCAAAGGAAACAGCUGCACCGGUUCAUAAAGAAACUCAACGAACAACCACGACUACAAUCGCAACAACUACAACUGCAACAACAACUACAACAACCGAAUCUACAACAACAAACACAGAAGCAACAGAAACUGUCUCCGAAGCAACCACUGAAACUUCCAUGGAAACUGACAUGACCAUGUCUCCAUUUCAUGUGAUCUCGAAGCGGCCCUACUUGAUAACGUCUCUGAGAAAAACAAAACCCAAUUGGAUGCCAAAAUACGGUAUAGUUCCUAUUUCUGAUACAUUCGCUGAAAAAAUAAUGCUUCAACUAAGAGACAUGAAAGUUUUACAUCCCCGUAGAGACGUAGCUAGAAAAGAAGCUAUGUAUCCAUUACAGUAAAUAUUUUUUUUAUUUCGUGACUAAAUCUAGAUUCAGAUUUAUAUAUCGUUAUACAUUUUUAAAGUAAUGAAUGUUUAAUUCGCAUCAGAACAAAUCACUCAGUGAGACUAGAGUUCAUUCGAAAUUCAGUAACUUUUUUAAGUCAAAUAAGUUUUUAUAUCAUACUUUUAUUUUUCUUUUAUAUUUCAUAGCUUGUAAAUAUAGAGGUAUGUAUAAAUGUAAAUUGUACAGAGCUACCAGAAUGCUCAUCGUAGGCUCUCUGUAGAACUAAACACAAUUUUUUUGGUUUGACUAAAAAAAUAAAUAUACGAUAUUAAAAUCUUUGCCACUUUAAGAAAUCCUUGUCAUUUUAUUUUAUUGAAAUUUAAACGUUAUGAUUUUUAAUCAUACUUUUUUUUUGUUUUGUUAUUUAAAUUCAAAUGUAUUUAUAUUGAAUAAAAUUUAGGAAGCAAGUAAUAUUCACUUAU